ACCAACUAACUGCAUCUAACCCAAGAAAUAUAGAAAGAAACAUGGAAACUCAGACAAAAAUUAUUUGUUUAUUAGCAAUUUAUUUGACAUGUUCUGCUGUAUCCAGGGGAAUGCCCAUGGCAAGAAUGAGUGAACUGAGGUGUGUUUGCAUAAGUACAGAGACAAAGUUUAUCUCCCGUAAACAUUAUCAGAAUGUUGAGAUUAUUCCCAAAGGUCCACAUUGUAAAAACGUGGAAGUAAUAUUAACUUUAAAAAAUGGACAAGAAGUAUGCUUAGAACCAUCGGCCCCAUGGGUUAAGAAGAUUGUGGAUACAAUUCUAGACAGCUCAAAGACAUGAACUGUACUUCCUCAAUAACUGGUGAAUCGCAUGGAAAGUUGUCACGAAGUACAAACUUCAACAAAGAAAAAAAAAAAAAAGCUGACUUCAAGUAAACUUGCUAUGACAAGCAUCAGAAUGGAGUGAUAUCAGCUACUACAUUCCUAUAUUCUCCCAGCAAAUGCAUCUCAGAAUAUAUCUGAAAGAGGACAGGAAAACCGCCUGUGGGGGGUUCUAUUCUCCUCCAUCAGUUUAUGCCAGCAACUGAUUGUCAA